AUGAAAAAGAUUCAUAAGAUCGAGAAGGACUCUUUACCUGAGUUCUUUGAUACUAAUCAUCCUUCCAAGUCACCUAAAAUUUAUGUUAAUUAUAGAAAUUUCAUGAUUAACUCUUAUAGAUUAAACCCCAAUGAGUUUUUGACAUUAACUUCAUGUCGUCGGAACCUUGUUGGUGAUGUUGGUACGUUGAUGAGAAUACAUCGCUUCCUUAAUAAAUGGGGAUUGAUCAAUUAUCAAGUACUGCCUCAGUUCAAACCUGGUUAUGCUAUAGAAAAGUUGCCCAAUGGUCAGCUGGUUGAUUUACCAUACACGGGUGAUUACCAUGUGAAAUUUGAUAGCCCUCGUGGCCUUUUUCCCUUUGAUACAUCAAGAAUACCACCGGAUAGAAUAGAUGUUAAUAAUUUGAAAAAAUUGUUGGGAACACCAACUGAUAAUUCAAAUGGAAUUGCUUCAGCUGGUUCUGUAGCUGAUCAAAAUGGUAACAAACAUGGGUUGGAAUCUGAUGAGUCUAGCCUUUCAGAUCAUCAAAGGAAGAAACAAAAGGUUGAUGAUGGAUGGACACAUGAUGAGUACGAUGCAUUAAUCAAUGCCGUGAAAACUUUUAAGAAUGAUUGGUAUAAAAUUGCCGAUGCAGUUGGUACUAAUAAGACUUUUUUAAAACUACCAAUUGAAGACAGAUUUAAUCCAAUUAAAGAUGAAGCUAGUAUUAAGUUGUUGAAGUAUGCGCCAAAUUAUCCCGUUAGCUCCAUUGACAAUCCUGUAUUGGCUAACUUGGCUUUUAUGACCAAAUUGGUUGAUAGUGAUGUUGCCAAAGCAGCAAGUGAAGCAGCAAGAAAGGCAAUCGAAGCAGAUAUUGAAAAGAAGGUGGAUGAGGUUUAUAACAAGGGUCAAGAAGUGAAAUCUGAAUCUCAAGAGGAAGAACAACAAAUUUCUACCGAACAGAAUGGCUCGUCCGAAAGAGAACCGACCGCAAAAGAUGCAAUUUCUACUACAUUUGGUAUUAUUGGUGCUAGAAGUCACUUGUUUUCAAGCUACGAAGAAAGAGAAAUGCAUAAAAUUGGUGCCACUAUUGUAAACCAUACAUUAUCGAAGGUUGAUGUUAAGCUUAAUAAGAUUGAGGAAUUGGAAAAAAUUUAUGAAAGAGAAAGAAAGCACUUGGCAAAGCAACAAGAAGAAGUAUUACUUGAUAGAUUGGCAUUGACUAAAUCUACAAUCAAUGUCAUUAAGAAGUUAGAUAGCGCUAUACAGUUGAUUGAGCAAAAUGCUAAUAUCAAUGGAGAAAGUACCUUUGACAAGCUGAAUAUUGGUAAUAUUCUUGCUGAAGCUAAAUCAUUGUUAUAUAAGCCUACAAGACAAGGUUUAGCUUCUUCAACUUUAACUACAACUGAAGAUAGCAAUCAACCAGUUAAAGAGGAAAUCAGUUCAGAUCCUUUCCAAGAAGAUGAAUAUAAACCAUUAUCAUUAAAAUCACCUCAGAAUUUUAAAGUUUGGGCUCCAUAA